CACAUGUAUUUAUAUCCAGUAUCCUCGUACCCAUACCAUAAACCAACACUAUACCUCAAAACCCAAAAAUGUCUAUGCAAGACCAAACCCUACGCAGCAUCGAGCUCACUUACGAUGAAAUCGAAGCUGAACAAUUGGUUAUCGACUCGAUUGCCAAUGCCACUCUACCAUCCUCAUCAACCAAACGAAUCCAAAAAGUUCCAGAAAUGCUGAUCAAAGAGACAGACGACUACAAGAAAUACUAUGUUCCAAAGGUUGUCUCCAUUGGUCCAUACCAUUUUGGGGACAAGAAACUCGAGUUUGUCGAGAAACUCAAACCUGUUUUCACAAUGAGGCUCCUUUCAAACAACAAGGAGACCCUAAGAAGUUUGUACAAAACUCUUGGUGAACCACAAAUGGUGCAAGAAUUAAGAAGCUUAUAUGAUGAAAACUUGAUAGCCAAGUUUUGCAAUAAGGACUUCACUAAGAUGAUGUUGCUAGAUUCUUGUUUUAUUUUGUAUUGCGUUCGGUUCAUUUUUUUCAGGGAUUCUGAUGAUUGUGAAGACUUAAACAUCCACCAGAUUGUCUAUCUUCAUCAAGAUUUGUUCUUGUUGGAGAACCAAAUUCCUUUUAAAGUUCUUAUUGAGGUGAUGAAGUUCGUGAACCCUGAUUCAUGGGCUGAUAAGUUUAAAUCGUUCAUUAGUGGCAAUAUUUUGGCAUCUCAGAAACUUAAAAGAACGUGGUUAGAAAAAAUACCUUGUAUAGGAAACAAUCAAAGUUCCGUAGGAGAAAACAAAUUGGAGUCUAGCAACGUACCCGAUCAUCUUCUCCAUCUUCUUCAUCGUACUCUUACUAAUGAUGAAAAACUUCCCAAGAAUGAUCACUUGAAAUCAGAAGACGACAGCAGAUGCACUUUUCGCAAUGUUAACGAGCUUAUGGAUGUAGGGAUUCAUUUUAAGCCAAGUGGAACUAUGUCUUUGGCUCACAUUAAGUUCCUUCAAGGCUGGUUUUGGUUUACAGCAGAUGUAGAACUCCCUCCAAUAAGCAUUGAUGAUUCCACCAAGCCUAUGUUGUUAAACUUGAUAGCCUAUGAAAUGUGCUCACGUGAUGCACAUGCUGCAUGGGUUACAUCGUACAUAUGUCUUCUUGAUUCGCUGAUCGAUCACCCUGAGGACGUUAAGGCUCUUCGAAAAGCUGGGGUGCUUGAAAACUCGUUAGGGAGCGAUAAAGAAGUCGCGAAAUUAUUCAACGAAAUUGGCACUGGUUUAGUUCCAAAUAACUUGGCAUAUUUGGAAGCUAAGUACCAUAUGCAAAAGCACUACAAAAGUAGGAGGAACUCACUUAUUUCCGAACUUAAGCAUGAAUAUGUUAAGAGCCCAUGGGCAUUUUUUGCACUUCUUGGAGCUUUAAUAGCUCUUUUUCUUAGUGCUGUUCAAUCAUACUACACUGUUUGGAGUCCCGAAGGUGAAUGUGACGAACUUUGCAAGCUGUUGAAGAAGAAUCAUCAUCUAUAAGAGGCGACGAGUCCAUGGUUCUUAUUGUACUUUUUUGGUGUGUUGUGUUUGAUUUGAGUGUUGCAAAGUCCUAUUUAUGCUUUGUUUUUCUUAAAUAAGAUUAUAUUUGUUCUGAGUGCAACCAUGGUGAACUAUCUUGCUAUAUAAUAUGGGUACGUGUAGGUUUGUCUCUGUGUACGUGUAUAUUGUA